GCUUUGGUAACAAGUUAAAAUAUGGUGAACAUACAAAUGCCCCCAUAUACAAAAACCCUACCUUGAGAUCAUGUGCAUGCUUCUGCUUAAUUUCCUCGGAGACGCAAAAAGUGGAAUUUGAAGGUGUACGGCUCUUCCACGCACUUCAGGCAAUGUAAUUUCUGGAUGAGCCAAUACUGGUGAUGAGACCUUAUAUAACAACUUAUGCUAUCCAUUAGAGCACCAACAAUGUGUACAUUGUGGGUUAUCCGAAUCUACUCAUCAAAAUUCCGGACGCGAGUGGCAAGGUUCAACAUCGUGGGUGCCGUUUGCAAAGCAAGUCCGGAAAUUUGGUCUGGAAAUCCAGACACCGUUUCGGACGAAUGUUAGACAUGGGCAGCGACUUGAAGGCCUGGGUUUCAGAUAAACUGAUGUCCCUCAUAGGAUUUUCACAGCCCACAUUGGUCCAGUAUGUGAUUAGUUUAUCUAAGAAAGCUUCAUCACCUUCUGAUGUAUAUAAUCAUCUUAAAGACAUGCAAGUGUCAUCUUUAAGCGACACACAUGCGUUUGCUGAAGAGAUAUUUCGGAAGGUUGAACAUAAGAGUUCUGGAUCAAAUGUUUAUCGACAACGAGAAGAGGCUGCAGCAAUGCUAGCCAGAAAGCAGAGGAAUUACAAACUGUUGGCUGAUGCCGAUGAUGAAAGUGGCGAACAUGGCAGUUCUGUCAAGUCUAAAAAGACUGAUAAAAAGGCGAAAAGUUUCAGAAAGAAGAGAGAAACCAAAGAAGAUGAAGAUGAUGAGGGAGCUGUAAAUCUUAAAGAAGAUAGACUAGUUAGACAAAAAGUUUCCCGUGAUGAUUCAGAUGACGGCAUUGAAGCUAUAAGGAGAUUUUCGAGGCAGGAAUAUUUUAAGAAAAGAGAGCAGAAGAAAUUAGAGGAAAUCAGAGAUGAUAUUGUAGAUGAAGAGAAUCUAUUUGGGGAUGUCAAAGUAUCGGAAAUUGAACAACGCAACUAUAGAUAUAAAAAGCAAAUAUAUGAGGUGGUGACGAAGCGGUCUCAAGAGGAUGACAACAUGAACACGUAUCGGAUGCCUGAUGCUUAUGAUGCAGAAGGUGGUGUUAAUCAAAAGAAAAGAUUUGCUGUAGCUACGGAGCGCUACAGAGACUUGAAAGAUGGAGAUAAGAUGAACCCGUCUGCUGAACAAGAAGCAUGGGAGGAUCAUCAGAUUAGAAAAGCAACACUAAAAUUUGGGUCAAAGAACAAAAAACUGCCUGAAAACUACGGUUUUGUGUUUGAGGACCAGAUCGAGUGCAUACAGGGUCAAGUCAUGGGUGGUGAACAUGUUGAUGACGAAGCAUAUCAAGAGGAACAUGAAAAAUCCAAGGCAAAAUCAGCACAUAAGAAGCUUUUGGCAGACAGAAAAACAUUACCUGUAUAUUCCUAUCGAGAGUCAUUGCUCAAAGCUGUUGAAGAUCAUCAGGUUAUUAUCAUUGUUGGUGAGACUGGUUCUGGGAAGACCACUCAGAUACCCCAAUAUCUCCAUGAAGCUGGAUACACAAAACGUGGAAUGAUAGGGUGUACACAGCCUAGACGAGUUGCUGCUAUGAGUGUUGCCGCUAGAGUUUCUCAAGAAAUGGGAGUCAAACUUGGGCAUGAGGUUGGCUAUUCGAUACGUUUUGAAGAUUGUACUUCUGACAAGACGGUGCUUAAAUAUAUGACUGAUGGCAUGUUACUACGAGAGUUUCUUAGUGAACCUAAUCUUAAAAGUUACAGUGUGGUGAUGGUGGAUGAGGCUCAUGAGAGGACAUUGUCAACUGAUAUCUUGUUCAGUUUAGUUAAGGAUGUAGCUCGGCAUCGUCCCGACCUCAAGUUGCUUAUUUCAAGUGCCACUCUUGAUGCAGAGAAAUUCCGCCACUAUUUCGGUUCUGACAUGAUUUUUGAAAUUCCAGGAAGGCAAUUUCCCGUAGAAAUAAAUUACACAAAAGCACCAGAAGUUGAUUACUUGGAUGCUGCAAUUGUCACAGCUCUUCAGAUUCAUGUCACGCAGCCACCUGGCGAUGGUGACAUACUGGUCUUUCUCACUGGUCAGGAAGAAAUCGAAACAGCCGAAGAGAUUCUUAAACACCGGACACGAAGAUUAGGGAGUAAAAUAGCAGAACUGAUAAUAUGUCCGAUUUACGCAAAUCUCCCAACUGAACUUCAGGCUAAAAUAUUUGUACCUACUCCUGGAGGGGCCCGCAAGGUGGUCCUUGCGACAAACAUUGCAGAAACGUCAUUAACAAUUGAUGGUAUUAAAUACGUGAUUGAUCCAGGUUAUGUUAAGCUGAAAUCUUACAACCCUCGUACGGGAAUGGAAUCAUUACACGUCACGCCUAUCUCAAAAGCGUCUGCAAAUCAACGAGCGGGUCGAUCUGGACGAACGGGGCCUGGGAAGUGCUUUAGGUUAUAUACUGCUUACAACUAUUUUAGUGAUUUGGAUGAGAGCACGGUCCCAGAGAUCAAACGAACCAACCUCGCCAAUGUUGUUCUCUGUCUAAAGAGCCUCGGGAUUCCUGACUUGUUGGAUUUCGAUUUUAUGGACCCGCCACCAGUUGAUGCAUUACUCAAAGCUUUGGAGCUACUUUAUGCGUUAGGUGCACUUAACAAAGAUGGUGAAUUGACUAGAGUGGGUAGAAAGAUGGCAGAAUUUCCACUUGAUCCAAUGUUGUCCAAGAUGAUUGUUGCAUCCGACAAGUACCGGUGCUCAGAUGAGAUCAUUUCGAUUGCUGCCAUGUUGUCAACUGGAAGUUCUAUUUUUUAUCGUCCGAAAGAUAAACGAGUUCAUGCUGACGAUGCACGCUCGAAUUUUCAUAUGGGUAAUGUUGGAGAUCACAUAGCACUGCUUAAGGUUUACAAUUCAUGGAAAGACACAAACUAUUCCACUCAGUGGUGCUAUGAGAAUUACAUCCAGGUGAGGAGUAUGAAGCGUGCCCGAGACAUAAGAGAUCAAUUGAAGGGGCUUUUAGAAAGAGUUGAAAUCGAGUUAACAUCAAACCCUGGCGAUUUGGAAGCAAUUAAGAAGGUCAUAGCUUCAGGAUACUUCCCUCACUCAGCAAAGCUGCAAAUGUACGGUUCUUAUAGGAGCGUUAAACAUCCUCAGACUGUUGUUCAUAUCCACCCAAGCUCUGGUUUAGCUCAGGUACUACCAAGGUGGGUGAUAUACCACGAGCUGGUCGAAACAAGUAAGGGGUACAUGCGACAGGUGAGUGAAAUAAAACCCGAGUGGCUUGUGGAAAUUGCACCUCAUUAUUAUCAACUCAAGGAUGUUGAAGAUUUGGCAUCAAAGAAAAUGCCACGUGGACGAGGCCGGGCAGAGCUUAGAAGUGUUAAACCAACAACUGUGCUUAUGAGAGGCUGAAUUUGUCAUUUAACUGUAGUUACAAAAAAGUAUUGGUUUUCAAAAUGCAAGUGAAUAUAUUCGGUU